CACUAUUGCAACCAAUCCCAAAUGCAGAUACUGUAGGUGGGCGGGCACUAAACAGGAAAUUUGCUCAAUCGAUGUAGCUUCUGCUCCACAGUGCACAUGUUUGUAAAUUAUCCAUGUAUUCAAUAUUUUGUUUUCUUUAUUAAUAUGCAAUAUUAGACAGUUGAGUUUGAAUCCGGACGCUUGCUUUACUGGUCUUCUGAAAUCUCAUCCCAAGAAAUAAUAUCCUUUGACGUCAUGGGGGAGGUUGAGUUGUCCUGUCUCGCCUAUGUGAAGAUGUACCUGCACGCCUGUCUGUUUCCACGGUGCAGUGUCAAUGGGCUGUUGUUGUCAUCCAGCCCAGCAGGUGGCGCUGUGUGUGUGACAGACUGCGUUCCCUUGCUUCACACUCACCUACCAUUGGCUCCCAUCACCCAGCUGGCUCUCACACAGGUGGAUGUAUGGUGUGCACAGACACAGCAGAGGAUUGUAGGUUACUACCAAGCCAAUGCCUGUGUGUCAGACAGCAGCCCUACGCCAUGUGCGUUGAAGAUUGCAGACAAGAUCGCAGAGCAGUGUAACAAUGCAGUUUUGUUAAUGAUUGAUGGUGGAAAGAUGUCUCCUGACUACAGGGUGCCUCCCAUCGUGAUGUAUGAGCGAAAAGAUACCCGCUGGACCCUCAAAGACAAACACACGAUAAUGCUGCGGCAGUGGGAGGAGACUCGGGACAUAGCCAGUCAGCUGCUGGACUCUGGAGAUCACUCGUUAUUAGUUGAUUUUGACAGCCAUUUGGACGACAUCACUAGGGACUGGACAAAUCAGAAACUCAAUGCCAAAAUAGCAGAGCUUGCCUCACCAGCCAAUGGUAAUGUUUGAAAUAAGCUUGUAGAUAACUUUUGAGUAACAUCUUUCAAAUUUAAAUAGUUGGAAUUAUAUACAGUAUGUCUUAAACCUGAUGAAACUACACAUAUUUAGUUAAGAAUCUUAUUUUUAUUAUUACCAUCUAACAGCCAAAUAAGCACAUCAUCCACAAUAUUUUCUAAAUAUGAAAUAGAUUUAAUACGAUCAGGCAGAACACUGACAACACAAGACAUGCAUAAAUAACUGAAAUAUUGACAGAUCUGUGCAGUCUUCCACCUAACAACAUUCUCAGUCCAGAGUGUGCCUUGUGUCAAACCCAGCAGCCAUGUUGUUAACCCACUUACAACCAUUAACAAAGCCGUGCUCAUAGUUCAAUGGCAUCACAACAUUACGUACAUCCUGACCCACUGCUUUCAGAGUGUGUAAGCUUAUCAACUCAUUAAACUACAUCUACAAACUA